AUGUGCAUUGAAAUUAGUUUCAACUGCGAGUUAGAUCUUGUCCAAUCUCUGGGUUUGAGAAAUAAACAGCUGCAAGCAGUCAGGUACAUAUGUGCACUUAAGAUGGCAGAUGCUUUCCCAAUAGUUUCACUAUUGAGAACACAUUUGGCUAACAUCCAGAAGCAAGUUGAUGAGAUUAUUGAUAGAGGCUGCAGAACAGCUCAGGAUGCUUCGACUUGCUCAUAUAUUGAGUUUAAAUUUGACCUGCAGAAAUCACCCUUUGGUCAUCAGAAGAACAUUAAGUUAUGUGAUUUAUUUAGUGAUAAUUUACACAUUUUGCAACCACCUUACCCUUCUCUAUGGAAAGUGGAAACACGACCUUGGAUUGCUUUGGUGGUUGAACUGACACAUUACAUUUUGUUGUUAUAUUCUUUUAAAGAACAACUACAACAACACUUUCGAGUACAUGCAAUGGAAGCUGUGAUGGCAUGCUGGGAAAUUGAACAGUUUCUACAAAGCCUGACAGGAGUCUCUCCAGGUGAAGGCAAAGGGGCAACUAUAUCUGAUGACGAAGAUGAUCCCAUAGAUAGUGAAAGUAUCUUGGUCGAUUGAGGUUUGGAUGGUGGAGACACCAUGGGAUUUGGACCCUUUAGCCCAACUGAGAGUGAGCGGUCACUGAUGGAGCGUGUGAGGCAAGAGCUAAAGCACGAGCUUAAACAGGGCUACAAGGACAAAAUUGUGGAUAUAAGAGAAGAAAUCUUGAGCAAAAGAAGAGCUGGGAAGCUACCUGGUGACACCACCUCCGUCUUAAAGGCUUGGUGGCAAUCACAUUCUAAGUGGCCAUAUCCGACAGUAAGUUAUCUGAGACCUAAAAAGUUUGUACUCCUAUAUUUUAUGAUAACAAGGACGAAAACAACAUGA